GUAAUCCAGCAAAUAUUUUGGUUCUGUGGAUAAUGGACAUAAUACAAACGUAUAUUAUUUGAUGCAUUGUUUUCAUUAUAAUUAUAUUUAUUUUUUGAUAAUAAGUUUAAACGUGGUGAGCAUUUUCUUUACAAAACUGUUGUUGAAUUUAAAAAAAAUUGAAUUGCACAACUCUGGUUAUUGAGGCACUUAACAUAACCUUUAUGCCUGUAGUGAACUGUUAAAUUUAUGAUAAGUAUAUAAAGUUAAAUGAAUUACAGUUUUUAUUAAGAAAAUGUUAUAAUACUAAACGAUUCUUUCUUAAUGUGUCAUUGCUAUGGAUGAUGACUGUAAAGAUUAUAAAAAAGUGAAACGUCAACAAAAACUUUAUAAACCAGGUAGUGGACCCCUAAGACGAUCUAGGUAUGGUUUGGAUGCUAAAAUGGAUUCCUAUGAUUUAGAUAAUAGUCCGAAAGGACGAGAUGCUCAUUACGGAUCUCAGCACUCAGUAAAUGGUGAAGAUGUCAAUGUCACAUGUAGGGAUGCAGCAAACACUCGUCAUAGAAAACCUGAACAACAGCUUUACGUACCAAGGACGGGAGAUUCGUACUCAGAUAUUGACAAGCAAUCUAAAGCAUCUAUAAAAUGUGAUAAUACUAGUCAAUAUAAUAAGAGACGACCAUCAGGAAAACAAGAUAAUCAUACUUCUAUUGGUGAUACAGGGCCUUAUUCUAAAGAUUCUUCGCAAAAAGAUUGUCAGUAUAGAGAUAAUGAUGUUAAUUAUAAUAGGCAUUACAGGCAAGGCUCAGAAGCUAGAUCGGUAUCACCAAGUCAAAGUUUAUAUGACCAAAAAUCAUUAGACAGAAAUAGAGACAGUAGAAGUAUGGAGACAUGGGCAGGACGCCAUAAAUCUAGGUCUGGUGGCAAACCUCCAUCUGGGAGAAGAAAUUCAGCUGGUUUUCCCUCUGACUCUCGACCUAAGCACAUCAACUUAGACAAUAUACCACCUCGAUUUAGGAAAAAAUAUUUAGAACAAUCAGGACAUCAAAGUUUUGAUAGUGUAGACCAAUUGAAUAAAGAUCGUUACAGCAAUAAUGAUAUGACACAGUCUUCUUACAAUUCUGGCCCAUUUUAUAGCUCUAGUAAUACAAACUGGUCUCAGACCUUACCUUCCCGAGGAAGAGGCCGUUUAAGAGAAAAUGAAAACUUUGAUAGGGAGAAAUUUAUUAAUUCAUAUUUAAAAAAUUAUGAAGUACAGAACUCCAGAAGAUCUACACCAAGUAAUUCAUACAUGAAUUUGUAUGAACCAAAUGCACUGGAAAAAAGUGGUUAUGACAAAUCAGAUUCACUAAGCAGUGAUUAUGAAAAUAAAAAAAACGAUAGAGGUUCAAAAAAUGGUAUAAGUAGAAAUGAGACAAGAUUUAAUCAUACAGAACAAGAUAGUAGAGAGGUAGAUAGUAGUGAAAACCAUAAUGAUAGUGAAUCUAUUUCCCAAAUAUCUACAAAUCUAUCAGAAAUGACUAAUUUGGAUUGGACAGAAGAAGUGGAAAAGAAUAUUAAACUUGACGACUUGUGUGACCCUUCUGCUUCAUUUUCCCAAAGUACAAAACCUUCCAACGUUCAAGAAAACAAAACUGUUGAGCAACGUGACUCAAGAAGAAAUGGUAGAUCUCGUCGUAGAGAUAAAAGGAGCUCUAGUCGAGGGAAUCGCAAUCCUGAAAAGAAAGAAAGAAAUAGAAAGGACAGCAAUGUUAGCAUACAGUAUGAGCCAGAGAGAAAUAGGAAGGAUAGUAAUGUUAGUAUACACCAUGAGGCGAUAUCAUAUGGGCUGAAACAACGAGAAAGGGAAAGACGUGACAGUCACCGAAGUAAUCGUUCAUCUACCAUUGGGAACAGUAGAGAUGACUUAGAUCGAUGGAGGUCGCUGCGAUCUUACAGCAGGGAACAGAGCUCCGAAAGAAUGAUAGUAUCGCAAUGCAACAGCAGAGACACAUCAACUCAUAGAGCUGCAAGUCCUAAAGAAAUCGAUGGGUUUAGGGUCCCAUCCUCAGCCAGUAAAUCCGGUGCCUGGGUUUUAGCAAAUCAGAAAAAAAAUAACUCGUCAUGGAAUGGCGGGCGUGGGGCCAGUACGGAAAGAAAACACUCACCUACGCCAAGUGCGGUGAGUGAGGCGGGCGAGGGCGCAGGCGGCGGGGCGGGAGGCGGCGCGGGCGGAGGGCGACGCUCGCGCAAGCGCACGGGCCGGCGCCGUCGCAACGCGGAGAACGUGCAGCCGCCCGCGCCGCACCCGCCCGGCGCGCAGCCCGCGCCCACCAACGUCAACUGGCGAGAGGAGAUCAUCGAGUCCAAGAAGCACCACCCAGGCGAUAGACAAUCUGAAAGUACUAACCAGAGAAACAGAUUAAAUAGCGUUCUUUCGGAAAAAUCUACGUCAGAAUCGACUUCUCAUCCCGGCUUGAUCAUCUUACCACAAAGUUCUAUUACUCAUAUGCAAAAAGAUCAAGGACGUGGUUCUUCAGAAACUCAAAAAACUUUAUUCGACCAUCAUAACCCAUCUAAACCAAUAAUAGUACAAACAAGUCCGACGAAACAUGACGUUCGACUAGAACGUGGUGCGCGCGAGGCGGGCGCGCGCGGCUACGAGGCGGGCGACGCGCUGCGCGGCGCGCGCCACGUGGCGCUGCUGCAGAAGGUGGACCGCGCCGACGCCGUGCUCAAGAUGCACACGCUGCGGGGCCCGCUCGCGCUGUUUCGCGACUGGCCGGACGUGGCCGAGACCAGGAAGUUUCUACAAGGUGCUCUGGAAAGGUUGUUGACAUCCGAUUUAAAAUACUGCCAAGCUGAUAAUAUUGAACACCAGUUUUGGAAAAUUCUAUACUAUAACUUUAUAGAAAAUUUAAGGAAAAGUAUUUCUACAAUAACUCCCGAAGAGAAGCCCGAAGUAGUGAAAUUGAUAAAUACUAUUAUCGAGGAGGGAAACGUUUUCUUCGAGAAUCUCGUACAAACUUUGGAGAAGACUUAUAAAUUCAAUACCGAAGAUUACAUAAACGACAAUCACGUUUUGCCACCUAAAGGUCUCGGCUACGUCGGCUUAGCUUUAAUUUCAGUUCAAAAGCUAUAUGUAUUUCUUGGCGACUUAGCUAGAUAUAAAGAGCAAGUGAAUGAAACGAAUAAUUACGCGAAAAGUAAAUUUUGGUACACCAAAGCACAGCUAAUAAAUCCCAAAAAUGGUAGACCAUACAAUCAGUUAGCUAUUUUAGCAAUAUAUGCCAGGAGAAAACUUGAUGCAGUGUAUUAUUAUAUGCGAAGUUUGAUGUCCUCGAAUCCAUUUCAAUCAGCUCGCGAAAGUCUAUUGUCGUUAUUCGAAGAAAAUAGAAAAAAGUACGAGGCGGCGGAGCGCAAGCGGCAGGCGGCCGUGGAGUCGUCGAAGGGCGAGAGCGCGUGCGCGGGGCUGCGGCGCGAGGUGUGGGUGCGCGCGGGCGGCCAGCGCACCACCACGCUGCGCCCCGCCGACGACGCGCUCGCCUCCAUGACGCCGGUCGAGUUAAAUAAAAAUUUCAUCACAAGUUAUUUACAUGUUCACGGGAAACUGAUAACAAAAAUUGACAUGGAGUCGUUCCACGCGAGCGCGGCGCAGAUGCUGCGGCAGUUCCGCGCGCUGCUGCACCGCCAGCCGCUGCCCACGCCCGCCGCGCGCCUGCUGCAGCUCACUGCGCUUAACAUGUUCGCCGUCGAGACCACCGCCGCCUCACUCAAAGGAAAAGAAAAUGGCGGCGAAAGAACAGCGUGGCUUGAAUGCGCUUUGGGGGUGUCGCUACUUAUGUUCGGCGCGCUGCUGGAACGCUGCUGCGCGUUGUUACCGGAACCAGCGCACACGCAGCAACAUGCGGAUGCUCUGUUAUUAUUACCUGCUAUAAAGGUGUGGUCAGAUUGGAUGUUAUGUCACAGUAGCAUAUGGAAUCCGCCACCAUCUUUGGACAGUUUCGAAAUAGAAAACGACAGCGAUCCUUGGGAUUGGCUCGCGAAGCUAAUGAAUAUACUCGAAGAUCUCGACGACAAAUCUAUUGAAUUCGAAAGCGAAAUGAAAGAAGGGCUGGCGUGCGUGCGGCUGCCGGAGGACGCGUCGCUGGCGGGCUUCACGCCGCUCAUGUACAUGGAGCCGGCGGCCGCGUGGCUGCGGCCCGCGCCCGCCGCCGCGCCGCACAGCGCCGAGCACGCGCUGCGCACCAGGAAGCUGCUGUUCUUCGGCACCGAGUACCUCGUGGGCGUGGAGCCGCCCGUGCUGAAGCUGGAGUACCCGGCGGGCGCGCAGCCGCGGUACGUGAGCGCCGUGCAGCACGCGAAGGUCAACUACGCGCCCUUGCAGCAGCUGACGGAAGAUUCAGGAGACGAUGACAGUGCCAAUGGUAUAGCGAGUGGCCCGACCAGUCUCAGCGAGGAACUGCCGGAAGGAGCGGACGAAACUACACGAAAAUUACUCAGGAGAAAAGAGCAACUCGAAUCUCGAAAAGCCACGCUCGAACAACGCCGACAACGAAUGCAGGAAAUGCUCAGCAGCAGCUGGGUGAGCGUUGAAGUGGAGGUGCGUCCGCGCUGGCUGGUGCCCGACACCAACUGCUUUAUCGACCACCUGCCGCUGCUGCAGGCCGUGGCGGCCGCGCCCGGGCAGCCCUACCAGCUCGCCGUGCCACUCGUCGUGGUGUCGGAGCUGGAGGGGCUGCGGCGCUGCGCCCGCGUGGGCGGCGCCGCGCGCGACGCGCUGGCGUGGCUGACGGCGGGCGGCGGCGGCGUGCGCCUGGCCACGGCGCGCGGCUCGCUGCUGGCGGCGCGCGGCGUGGCCUUCGCCGCCGAGCAGGACCAGGCGCGCGGCACCAACGACGACCGCGUGCUAGCCACCGCGCUCAACCUGCACGCCAACCUCACCGCCGCCCCCGCGCUCGCCGCCGCUGCUGCCGGCUCCGCCGACCCGCCCGCUAACGCUGUCGCCAACGCCGUCGCCAACUCCGCCACCAACUCCGCCACUAACUCCGCCACCAACUCUGCCGUCAACGAGGGCGCGGCGGGGCAUGUGCGCGAGGUGGUGCUGCUGACGGACGACCGCAACCUGCGCGUGAAGGCGUUGGCGGCCGAGCUUCCGGCGCGCGACUUGCCCUCCUUUGUCCACUGGGCGGGCUUGCAUCCCGAUCGACUUGUUAACACAAAUACUGAAACUGCUACCCCGAGUCCAGACGUUUGACUUUGUAGUUGCCAUCCGAAUACGCCUGUGUUUAGUUGAGAUCCCUCAUGGUUUAUUGUGUUUGACGCGAAUUUGUUACGUCACGUAAGUUAGAUUUAGAAACGAAAUGAAUUUUUCGUCGCCAACAAUCGUGUUCUGCAAUCGAAAAGGCGACGCUUUAAAUGUAUCACUUUAGUAUAGGAAUUGAAUAGUAUAAGUAAAAAUACACCAAUAGAGAGAUAUAAUAAUAAUAAAUUUUGUUAAGAGCUUUAGGAUUCCACCUCCGUGUUCCUGGGCCACAUUUUCAUUGUUAAUUAUAUUUUUGUCUCUUAUUUUUUUAUUUUAAGCUAUUGAUUAAUUCUAGUACAUCAAUAAAUUGGUGUUGCUGAGCUAUUUUUAUUUACUUUUUGUAAAAUAUUAAGUGUAUUUUUAAUAUUUUUAACGUAGUGAUUUCAAUAAAUAAAUUGUAAUUCUUUAAAAUCAACUGAAAUUGUUUUUCGUCGUUCCCGUCUUUAGUUACUGCUAUUAUACUUUGUUAACAUUAGUAAGAGUUUUAGCUAAACUAAUUCCUCCGCUUACUUGUUGCUCGCUGUUUUAAUAAUAUAAGGCACGUUAAUCUAUCAUAACCUGUCAUGUUACAAUGAACUUAAUAAUUCAUUUUAUAUAAUUUUAUUCCGAUCUUAUAUGCGUAUUGUGCCAUUUAAAAAUAUGUUUCGCUCAGCAAUUUUUAUUUUUUCUAUAAAUCCAUAUUUAUUUUUAAAAACAUUAAAACGACUGCAGAGUAGAUGAAUUUUAGUAAUAAGAAAUAAACACUGAACAAAGAUAGUCCAUCAUGACUUUAUAUCGCACUAUAAAUAUACAUAUACAAACAUAUACUUUUGUUAAAUGUUUAAAAUAUACACACUUUUACUAUCUGUAAUGAAAUCAUUUUAUUGUAACGUAUUCCAAUGAGAAAUUUAUUAUUAUAUAGUAUAUUCUUCUAUUCGUUUGUUUUGCAUGACGCAGAACAUGUUUUGAUGGUACACUCAACAUAGGGUUUUAUUUUACUAGAUAAUAUGUAAAGUGUUUAUAAUGAAAUGCAGAAUAUAAUGAUUGACUACUAUAUAGAUAAAGAGUAUUAUUGUAACGAAUUCUUUUUCAUUUUUGAAUAAAAUUUGAUGCUGUUACUUUUUGUCUUAAUCAUGAUGUUAAUAAACAUUGAUACUUA